AUGAUGGCUUAUCAUAAAUUGAUUUUCGCAACUUCUAUCUUUGUUUUUAUGUUGUUGACUAUUGCAUCCGCUAUAGAUUAUGGGUAUGGUUCAACACAAAACACUGAGAAGUCCAAACCCGACAUUCAAGUAGAUAAUAAACCAUACUCUACCAAACCAAACUAUGAAGCUUAUAAAUCCAAAAUAGAUUACGAACCACAUUUUACAAAAGCAAACUAUAGAGUUCCUCAACCCAAAAUCAAUUAUCGGUAUGGUUCGGCUCCAAAGAUUGACAAAUUUAAACCUGAACCAUAUUACAAACACAUUACAAAACUGGUCUACGAAGCUCCCAAACCUGAAACAAAGUAUGGAUAUAGUUCAACCGCAAAGAUUGACAAAUCAAAGUCUGAAGUAGUUUAUACACCAAAUCCCACAAAACCAAAUGAUGAAGUUUUCAAAUCCAAAACAGAUUAUGGGUAUGCUCCAACUCCAAAUAUUGGGAAACCCAAGUUUGAUGUUGCAUACACACCAAACCCUACAAAACCAUAUUAUGAAGCUCCAAAAUCCAAAACGGAAUAUGGAUAUGCUCUGACCCCAAAGAUUGAGAAGCCCAAGUUCGAAGAAGUUUACACGCCAAAACCAAACUAUGAAACUUUCAAAUCCAAAACAAAUUAUGGGUAUGCUCCGACUCCAAAGUUUGAGAAACCCAAGUUCAAAGAAGUUUACACACCAAAACCCACAAAACCAGACUAUGAAGUUUAUAAACCCAAAACAAACUACAACUAUGCCCCGACCUCUAAGAUUGAGAAACCCAAAACAGAUUAUAACUAUGGUCAGACCCUUAAGAUCGAGAAACCUAAGUUCGAAGUAGUUUACACUACAAACCCAUUAAAAUCAGAUUAUGAAGUUUCCAAACCCAAAUCAAAAGAAGUUUACACACAAAAUCCUCCAAAACCAUACAAUGAAAUUUCCAAAUCAAACACAAAUUAUAGAUAUGGUCCCACUCCUAAAGUUGAGAAACCUAAAUCUACAACAACUUACACACAAAAUCCAACAAAACCAAACUACGAAGUUUCUAAACCCAAAACAGAUUAUGGAUACAGUCCAACCCCAAAGAUUGAAAAAUCAAAGUCCGAAGAAACAUACAAACCAAACCCUACCAAACCAGAAUAUGAAAUUCCCAAACCCAAAACAAAUUUUGAGUAUGUUCCAACACCAAAACUUGAGAAACCCAAACUUGUUACAGAUUAUAAACCACUCCCCACAAAACCAUUUUCUGAAGUUCCAAAACCAAAAGAAAGCUACCAAGUGCAACUGCCCACAGUCAUUGGUGUCCAAGGAACAGUUUUAUGCAAAUCCGGGUCAAAUUAUUACCCAAUUCAAGGGGCUGUUGCACGAGUUAAAUGUGAAUGUGUGAAUGAGCUUGGAUACGAGACAGGUCCUAUAACAGUUAUCAGUCAUGUGACAGAUAGUAAAGGUUAUUACUUUGCUACAUUGUCACUUCCUGGUCUAGGAUCAAAAUUGAAGAUCAAUGAGUGCAAAGCAUACCUAGAGAGUUCUCCAUUAGAGACAUGUAAAGUUCCCACAGAUGUGAAUCAUGGAAUCAGUGGUGCUUCUCUUUCAUCAUAUCGUCUACUUGAUAGCAAUUUCAAAUUGUAUUCUGUGGCACCUUUCUUCUGCACCUCACAAGCUAAACCAGCCCCUAAUGGUUAUUGA